AGUUUCCGAAAGGGGGAUAAAAAAAAGUGGUGGCGAUUGUGGCUAGGCUAGCUAAUCAUGUUUCCAGAGGCAACUAUGCUCACACACGGGUUUACCCAAUAUAUGUAGACACAAACAAGUCGUAUCAUGCAUUUUCCAGUGAACAUGACUUGAGAGGCACCCGACGAACCAUUCCACCCCCUUAAUUCUGAAGAUGGAGAACCAUAUUCACUGUGUCUCCUGUGUUAACCAGAGAUGCAUGGCACAGUCUGAACCAGGAGUUUCUUGUGAGAUUAUCACAUGUCCUGUGAUGUGUGGGGCUAUGUUUCAUUCCUGCAAAGGUGAUGAGCACCAACUUUUGUGCCCACUUAUGAAGGUUCCAUGUCUUAAUAGCAACUAUGGCUGCCCAGCUAUUAUGAUCCGUAACAAAAUCCCUGCUCACAUGGAUGUUUGUCCGGCUGGGGUUGUCUCUUGCCCAGAGAGAUGGAACUUGCACCCAACAGAAAUCUUGGAUUUGAAACCUGGUAGGAAAUUAGGAAGUAUCUUGGAUGAGAUAAGGAACCAUAAAGACCUUGCGCUUGCUCUGGAGGACCGUCAGGCACUCCUUGAGACCAUAGAGGAGAUGGGGAUGGAAAACUUAAAUAACAAAGAUUCUGUUAUUGAAGAAGCGAUACUGUUAGCUUUAGCAUUGUCUGCUUCUGAAGCAUCAACUGUGUCUUCCUCACUUCAAUUGCAGUCUGCUCCAAAAGGAUCCGCAACAGAGGAAGUUGUUAGUGGAAUCAAAGAUUUUAAUAAAAGAGAUAUAAAGGAGAACUGUUCUAGUCUGAGGUGUUUGGAUGAAAGUGGUGCUCCUGAAAAUAUUGGUGUAAUAAGUAAAAAUGUAACCAAUGGAUCAUUCAUGGAAACAGAAGCCAAUAAUAUUUCAAAAGAACCUGUGACCCUUCUAUCACACACUUAUCCCCCCAUAUGCGGUCAGUCAUUUCGCCGUGACCAAUAUCCUUCCCAUUAUCUAAAUAUCCAUUGUGACUUUCACCCCAACUUUCGUGACCGCAUAGAGUCCCACUGUCCUCUGGCAUUGUAUGGUUGUAGGUUUUCCCAGCAGAGGUUGUGGCCAUCCACCCACAGGGCCAGGGUGAUUUACCAUAAACACCUUAAGUCGUUUAUAAUCCUGCCUUCUAUCAGUGCGGAACCUGCAAAGGACUCCCAGUCAGACCGGUUUAGUGGGCUCCCCAUUGAGAUACUGUGGCACAUAGCUAGAUUCCUGGACAGUUUUAGCCUCUGCCAGCUGUCCUUGGUGUCGAGGACUAUGAGGCAAGUGUGUGCCAGUCUCCUCCCUUCGAGGGGGAUAGUAGAGCUGCAGUGGGAGCGAGGACAUUUUCCUGGUCAUCCUCACACUGUGAGAUGGCGUGUCAAAAGUAAAGUGUGGAAAUUCAGCCCUGCCUUCAGUCCUGUGUACUCGUGGCAUUUUGUUGAUGUUCCCAGCAUGUCGGAUCACAUGAAGAAGUGUCCUUAUUUCAACAGAGCUGAGCUGAAGACUGAGCCAGUACCCCUUACCGCAAUGCGCACUGAACAAGACAGACUCACAAUCCUGCAUUGUUAUCAAACCUUGCGUAGCCUCAUUGCUUGAUCAAGCAAAGCUGAUUUUUCUGAGAUUCACUGUGGAAUUAUGGGAAUGUUGCUAAUAAAAAUGUCCUUUCUUGCACUAAAUCAAAAUGGAACUUUUAUUAUUCAGAAAAAAAUGAUGUACUAGUCAAGUUUGUAAUUUUGAGUCAGAAGAGAGGAGUAGACAUUUUGGAUUUGUGCUACAAAUAAAAGUUUUGCAUAAAUGGCAGCCUGGGGAAGCUCUUCCAACCCCACAUUAAUUUCUCAUGGAUUUUUCAUGUAAUGGCCAUGGCCUUGAUAUGUAAUUACACUUUUUAAGUGCCCAUAUUUUUGAAAAGAGUCUGGGUUUAAAGAUAAUCACUUAAUCUAUUAAUUGGCCCUAAUUCAGUGGACUUGUAGUGGCAGUUUCUUCAAGUCAUUGUGGCUUUAAAAAUACAUGCUACAGAGUUUCAGGUCUCAUCUAUUAUUUCUGAGUUUCUCUGUAGUCUGCUUUUUCUGGUGUUCUUCAGCAAUCCAUUUUGGGUGCGGUUUUUAUCUACAUCCCACCAUUAUGGCAUCAAUUUCAGAAUAUAUAACAAUUUUGAUUUAUAAGCUGAUGGUACUCAGACUGAUGUUCAACUGAAGUUCUUCCAUUCCUUUUCAUGAAGCCCACUGUUUGACUAAAUUAUUAUUUACAGUAUGAAUGGACUUUUGUCAACUCGUACAUUGAAAAAAAUUGGAAUAGCAUUUGAUUCAAAUUUGUUUAAUAGUACAACACUUUUUUUUUUUAUCUUGACCUUAAAGAUGUGACCCAUGCUUUUACUUUUACAUAUCAACUGGUUUGUCACUCUGCAUGUUGUGUGGCCUGCCUUUCACAAAUGUAAUUAAUCAUAUUCUGAUACAAAUCAUGAACAUUAUUGGUUUUAUCUCUCUUUCUCUCCUCCCUUUCUCUCUCUCUCUUUCUCUCUCUCUCUCUCUCUCUCUUCUGUGGCUUACUGUUUAUUUAACUUAGAACAUUUCCCCUUUGAUUUUCUAUUAAUCUGAUCUAUAACACUAGACUAAAGCAAUUCACCUGUAUAAACUACAAUAUUGUAGUAUUGAAAUGUGUUUUCCUUUUUCUCCCACUCUAUUACUUUGCAACGGCAUAAACUUCACAUUUUGUUAAAUAAAGUUUUGAAGAGGGGUGAAAAAAAA